AUGCACAAACUUAAAGAGAGAAGAAGUAACCCGCACAAUCUCUCCUUUUGCAGAGAGCUUCUGUCGAUGCUGCCAAAGAAUUUCUGAACAAGGCAGUUGCAGAAAAGCUGGACAUCAAAAGUUUCUUACCUUCCAAGUCUUUUCGCAUUGCAGAUCUGGGUUGCUCUACUGGACCAAAUACUUUUAUGGCAGUUGGAAACAUACUUGAAGCUGUGGAGUCCAAGUAUCGAAGCCAAGGGCUGAAUUCUCAGAUUCCCGAAUUUCAAGUGUUCUUUAAUGAUCAUGCCUCAAAUGACUUUAACAUGCUCUUCCAGUCCCUCCCUCAGAACAGGCAAUACCAUGCAGCCGGUGUACCUGGUUCUUUCUACAAACAGGUGUUACCUAAUGCUUCCAUUAACUUUGUUUACUCUUCUACUGCCAUUCAAUGGCUCUCUAGAGUACCAACAGCAGUAGCAGAUAGUAAUAGUCCUGCGUGGAACAAAGGACACAUUCAUUACUCAAAUGCCACAGAUGAAGUAAUAAGGGCUUAUGAAACUCAAUAUAGUGAUGACAUGGAGAGCUUCCAGCAAGCCAGGGCACAAGAGAUUGUGUACGGAGGAUUAAUUGUACUUACAUUUCCAGGCCGCCACAGUGACACCUGAUGCUCUGCCAAACAUGGUCUUACAGCUUUUAGGAGCCUCCCUCAUGGACUUGGUUAGAAAGGUAAAGUCAUGCAUACAUAGUAAACAUGGAAAUUGUGUAACCUUACACAGCCACAAAAUGCAAAUAGAAAGAGAGUUAUAUAUGUAAAACUUUAUUAAAUUUAGCUCUACUUCUUGUUGCUUCUAUGUUGGAAUUGAACAAGACAUCAUUAUUCCUUCUGUGUAUGCAGGGAGUAGUUAGCGAAGAGAAGGUAGAUUCAUUUAACAUACCUGUGUAUUCAAUGUCUCCCAAAGAACUAGCAGCUGCUGUAGAAAGAAAUGGAUGUUUUAGCAUAGAGAUGGUGGCAGACUUGCUUGUUCCCC